AUCAAAUUUCACCCUAAAGUUUGUAUUUGGGAAAAAACAAAAGAAAAAGAAUUGGUGUCCGAAAGACAGAAACCCACAAAGGUUGGGUCCCCCUAAGAUCCACUAAGGAAGAAAGGUAUGGUCGUUGCCGCUGUAAACUACUCUAUCUAUCUCUUCGUCCUGUUUAUAUACUCUAUUCAUUCAUUCGUUCAAUAUCUCUCUUGAAUCACCACACCUUGAUACCUAAACCAUGAAUUCUUUACUAUACUCCAAUCGAAACCCAAUGUUCUUAGUCGAUUCAAGAAUCCAAAGCUCAAUAAAGCUUCGAUCUUUUUCGCAUUCCAACCUUAUUUCUUGCACAAACAAUGGCGGUACAGUUGACAAGAGUUGGAAGGCCAAGUAUAAGAAUCUGGCACUGAGUGGGGGAGAUGGUAGAGCUCCCCCUCCUCUGCCACCGCCUCCUUGUAAUCAUCUUCCCGGCAAGACCAAGAAAAGAGUGGUGGUUGAGGAGGAGGAGAAGGGCGGCGUCGGCGGGUCUUCUGGUGGGGCUCCGGUGGGAAGACAACAGAUGAUGGUUCUGUGUGGGUUUGGGUAUUGGGUUCAAGGGUUCAGAUCGUUCCCAUGGCUGGCUCUCAAUUUCCACAUGGCUAAUGGGAUGAAUAUGCACCCUUCUAAAUUGCAGCUUGUGCAGAACUCCGGCAAUCUCCCUUUUGUGGCCAAGCCAUUGUAUGGUAUCCUGUCUGAUUCCCUUUACAUUCGCGGUGCUCAUCGACUCCCUUACAUAUCCAUUGGAGUUUUCCUCCAGGUUAUAGCUUGGGUUCAAUUAGCAUCCUCUGCAAGUGAAUCACUUCCAGCUCUCGUGGCAUGUGUUCUCCUAAGCAACCUUGGAGCUUCGAUCACAGAAAUCUCCAAAGAUGCUCUAGUGGCAGAAUAUGGUCAGAAAUACGAACUCCCAGGAAUCCAAUCCUAUGCGUUCAUGGCUUCAGCUGCUGGAGGAAUGCUAGCCAACUUACUCGGAGGGUAUUUCUUACUCAAAACAAAACAGCCCAAAUCAAUGUUUCAAGCUUUUGCAGCUUUACUUGCAGUCCAAUUAGCGAUGUCGUUAUCCAUGAGGGAAGAAUCACUUGGUUUGGCUGCCCAGCCUUCAAGUCAUGAACUUUUACAGAAACCAAUCCAAGAAAGUAUAAAAAAGAAGUUUUCUGAUCUCGCGGUUGCUAUUAGAGAAGAAAGCAUAUACCGCCCUCUUGUUUGGAUUGUUUUAUCCAUUUUGACAGUUCCGGUCCUAUCUGGUUCGGUAUUCUGCUAUCAGACACGGCAUCUGAAUCUUGAUCCAUCGGUUAUCGGGUUGUCCAAAGUGACCGGCCAGUUGUUGCUCCUCUCCAUGACCAUUCUUUACAACCGGUACGCAAAGAACGUCCCUAUGAGAAAACUGUGUGGCACUGUCCAAGUCUUGUAUGCUUCUUCCCUGAUUCUUGAUCUUGUGCUGAUCAAGCAGAUGAAUAUCAAGGUGGGAAUUCCAAAUGAGGCCUUUGCGCUUUGCUUUUCAGGAAUUGCAGAGACAGUUUCUACAUUUAAGCUGUUGCCAUUCUAUGUGUUCAUUGCAAGUUCAGCUCCAUCAGGAUGUGAAGGAUCACUCAUGUCUUUAUUGGCAUCAGUGCUGUGUUUGGCGUCAAUAAUUAGUGGGUUCUUAGGUAUUGGGUUGGCUUCUUUACUAGGGAUUAGCUCUGGUGAUUAUUCACGGCUGCCUGCUGGGAUCAUAAUCCAGUUUCUUGCUGCGCUGGUGCCCCUUGGAUGGCUUAAACUUUUGCCAAUGUCACAGCCCUUGACCGAAAAAAGGAAGACAGGCAGUGGAAGUAGAAGGACAAGAAGGAAUAGGAGGGUGGGAAGAGUUGUUCUUGGUUAUAUCUACUCCUACAGGCGAGAACGGCAAUCUGAUCUGCAAAGAUGAGAAUCUGAGUUUAGAUCAGAGCAGAAAAUUGAUUUGGAUUAGAUAUCCGUGAAGAUAUUUGCUGAAAUCAUUGCCAUCAGAAAGAAGUGAAUGCUAGAAUCAAAAUUUCCAAAUCUAGGGGGGCGAAAAAUAUGUGUAAGUUCUUAGACUGGUUUUUCUCUCCUAAUGAACUAAUAUGAAGUAAAAGCAGUUGGGCGAUACAGAAUUACCUCGUUAAACACAGGGGCAUCAGCAGAACAAUGGAUGAUGAGUCGAACACAAACAGGCAAACACCAGUCCUCAUGCAGCCUUUACAGGCAUCCAGAUUCCGGAGAAACAGAUCAAUCAACCACACUCCCUGUAUUAAAAAUCUUCUGCUACUAUAUAUGGAAGAACAUGUCAAAUAUGUAGGAGUAUACUUCGUCCGAUCUUCAAUAUGAGGAAAAAAAAUUGUGUGGUUCAUAUUAUUUCUCCUCUUCGGCAUAAAAGCAAAUGAAAACUUUUAUUCGGG